GGCACAGGUGCACCCGGCAGGGGGCGGGCCUGAUGCGGGGGCGGGGCCUGAGCGCCCCGCCCCUCGGGUUCCCGGAAUAGGGCGCGGCGGCGGGAGAGCGAACCGGGGGCAGACAGGGGCGUCCAGUGCCCUCCCCGGCACCGGGCUGGCACGGCCAUGGCGCGGAGCCUCGGGAGCUGGCUGAGCGGCUGCCUCCUGGUGUCAGCGCUGGGCAUGGUGCCACCUCCUGAAAACGUCAGAAUCAAUUCUGUUAAUUUCAAGAACAUUCUACAGUGGGAGUCACCUGCUUUUCCCAAAGGGAAUCUCACGUUCACAGCUCAGUACCUCAGUUACAGGAGAUUCCAAGACAUGUGCAAGGGGACUGCCAAGACGGAAUGCAAUUUCUCCAGCCUCUCCAAGUAUGGGGACCACACCCUGAGAGUCAGAGCUGAAUUCGCAGAGGAGCACUCGGACUGGGUGCAGGUCGGCUUCUGCCCUGUGGAUGAUACUAUUAUUGGGCCGCCUCGGAUGCAAGUGGAAGCCCUCGCUGAUUCUUUACAUUUGCGUUUCUCGGCGCCCCCGAUUGAGAAUGAACCUGAAACAUGGACCAUGAGGAAUAUUUAUAACUCAUGGGCUUAUCAUGUGCAAUAUUGGAAAAAUGGCACUGACGAAAAGUUUCAGGUCACCCCUCAGUAUGACUUUGAGGUCCUCAGGAACCUGGAGCCCUGGACCACUUACUGCGUUCAAGUGCAAGGCUUUCUCCUGGAUCGCAACAGAACUGGAGAAUGGAGUGAGCCCGUCUGUGAGCAGACCAGCUCUGACGACACCACCCCCUCCUGGAUGGUGGCCGUCAUCCUCAUCGCCUCGGUCUUUGUGGUCUUCCUGGUGCUGUUGGCCUGCUUCGCCUUGCUGUGGUGCAUCUACAAGAAGACCAAGUACACCUUCUCCCCCGGGAACGCUCUGCCACAGCACCUGAAGGAGUUCCUAGGUAACCCUCAUCACGGCACGCGUCUGUUUUUCUCCUUCCCACUGCUGGACGAGAAUGAAGUUUUUGACAAACUCAGUGUCGUUGCGGAAGACUCCGAAGGCAGCAAGCAGAGUCCCGGUGAGAGCUGUGGCCUCGGGACCCUGUCUGGGCAGGAGCCCCCAGAUUCCAUUGCCGAGGAGGAAGCCCCCCAAGCCGGGCCUGGCCACGCCCCAGCUCCCACAUCCACCUCGCAGGGGGACCAGAGGGACAAGGACGGUCCAGGCGCCUCGGAGCACUCCCCAGAUCCGGAACUCGCCGAGGCCGGACUCGCCCCGGCAACCUCAGAGCUGGCUUUGAAGAGCUGACAGCAGAGGAACUGCCCCCCCCGCCGGAGUGUCCUGCUCGCUCAAGGCUCCGGUGACCCCUUCACAAGCUGUCCACCGAGAGUCCCGCGUGCAGCCUCUUCGAUUCACUCACGCGCGGGCCACGCGUUCAUGGCAUGGACAGAAAUGCUUGGAGGCGUGAAGACACAGGUGCUGGGAGACGCUGCCUGCCGGGCCCCCGAGACAGCCGGCCGCGAACCCCACGUCCACGCGGAGCGGUCAGCCCGACGCCGGGCAGACACCAGCUACUUGGGCCCUCAGAAGCAGACAGGAUUUCUUUUUCUACCUGAGUUUAUUUUGUAUGCCGCUGGUGCUCUCAGGCCACACUCUGUGUGACGGUGCUGAUGCCACAUGUGUGUCAUCGUUCACUACUGAGUGAGGCUCUCGUGUCACGUCUGGACACCUCUUCAUCCGGGAACUUCCUGUUCCCUGCCUGCCACGGGGCGGGUGCUGGGCUGGGUCUGAGGUCUGGUCUUUUUGGGUUUUUUUAAGCAUUUAUUUUAUUUAUUAGAAAGACAGGGAGAGAGAGAGAGAGUGAGAGAGAGAAUCGUCCAUCCACUGGUUCACUCCCCAGAUAGCUGCCACAGCCAGAUCAGGGCUAGGCCACAACCAGGGUCUCCCAUUGUGACAAGGUGGCUUGAAGUUUAAAAUUUUCCCAUAGGACGUAGCCAGCCCGAGUGGCUUUAGGCUAUUUUGCUUGGUUGCUCCAGAGCAGGGACUGUUCCUUGAAGAGAAACGAGUUACAGAUAUGGGUCUGCUCAUCUGGCUGUAACCAGCAUAGUUCUGGCUUCUGUACUUCUGCUUGCUUGCUUCCUUGAUAAAGGUCAAGGCCACCGACAUGUAGUUUCUGCCUUUAAUUACGCCCCACGGCUGCGACUCGGCUGUCUUCCCUGGACUUGUUCUAGAGGAGGGCAGGCGCCAGAUGACUAAUAAAGACUCCUCAUUUAACUUAA